AUGAGCGGGUUCCUGCGGCACCUUCUCUUCGCGUUCGUCCUCGCCUUGAGCCUGCCCACUCCAUGCGUACAGCAGGAAGCCUCUACGCAGAUCUACGGGGGAGGGAGCAUCUUCACGCAGCCCUACAUGGACUACUUCACAGAGUCCUUCCAGUUGGUAAGGCGAGAUGACGCCAUCGUGUGCACCUACGGCGGGGCCUCCCACUCGCUCCUGUUCCUCAUGGCCAAGCCCGACCUCGACUUUGCCGUGGUGGAUGCACCCCUACACGAGACACUUCUCGCCAACAACUCCAUCGCUCAGUUUCCGCUGGCCGGUCAGCCACUGGUCGCCAUCUACAACCUCGGCAGUAGUCGCCCCACUACACCUCUGGUCCUCGACGGCGCGACCCUGGCGGCCAUCUGGCUGGGCGACGUGACCUGGUGGAACGACCCGGCCAUCGUCGCGCUCAACCCCAACAUCGCGCUGCCGGCGGAGCCCAUCCGGCUGGGCCACGGGGCGGAUCGGCCGGGCGGCAUCACGCACAGCUUCACCAACGCGCUCUCCAUACUCGAUGGGCGGUUCCGGGCGGCGUGGUCGGGCGACGGCUCCCAGGAUACGAGCCGGUGGCCGCAGCUCACCGGCAUCGCGGGCCGCGCAAUCGAGUUUUCGGACAGUGGCACGCUGUCGCCCUUCGUGCGCGAUACGCCGUACAGCCUCAGCUACUCCACAUUCGACCGGGCUCAGAAGACCGGCGUCGACUACGCUCUCAUGCGAAACAGCGCAGGAGCGGUUGUGUGGCCCACGGUCAAGGCAGUGGAGUCGGCCAUCAGCGAAGUGAGCGAGAAGCUCACGGACAGCAUGACCAUCAACGUGGCCAAUGGCCAGCAACGCGGUUCCUGGCCCAUGUGCAUGCUGCACUAUCUGGCGGUGCGCAGCAACGCGUCGACUUCGGAUUGCCUCGGGAUCAAUUCGCUGCUGUACUUCACGGCCUGGACGCAGCUCACGCCCAUGGCCGUGACCAAGAGCCGCGAGCUGGGCUACGCCCCUCUCAGUCUGAGCUUCAAAGCGAAAUUGAUCAACAAUUUCCAGAAGGUGGCGUGCAAUGGCGAGAAGGUCUUCGACAGUGCUCUGUUGAUCGGCACCGGUGUUCGCACCAUCUCCUUCUCCUCGUGGCCGCAGGAGGUGUACUACUUCCGCGGUUUUGACGCCGAGUCCACCAUCACCGACCUCAGUCGCUACAACAUUGACUUUGGCAUCACUGCUCGCCCGCUCACCAACGACGAGUCGGAGCUGCUGGGCGACGUGCCAAGCAUUCCAUUCACAAUGGUCCCCGUCGGCGUGGCCUACAACCUGCCGGAGCUGGUCGGACAGGGCUCGCUUUUGCUCAAUCUCACCGUGCUGGCCGACAUCCUGCUGGGCACCAUCGACACGUGGAACGACACCGCCAUCCAGGAGCUCAACCCGGAGCUCGGGGACCUCCUGCCGGCGGAUCCCAUCGUCAUCCUCAACUACGAAGACGAUGCGCUCAGCGUCGUAUUUGCCGCGUUGAGCACCGUGAGUCAGGAAUUCGCGCUCGCAGUCAGCAGCAAUGCGACGAGCCUGCUGCCGGUGAGCGAGCCGUGGCGCGGGAUGGUGCUGCAGGCGGAACAGAAGGUGACGGUGGAGCUGGUGGACUUGCCCUACGCGAUGAUCUUGACCGCCUUUGACGCCGUGCGGCCCAUCAACCACCUGGGCUUCGCCGACCUGGUCAACGUGGCCGGCAACCGGGUUUCGCCCUCCUACGACAGCCUCAUGUCCGCCGGUGCCGACUUCUUUGACACAGGCCGGCUGUUUCUAGGCGGGGGAGAGGUGAGCUGGCCGAUGCCGAUCACGACCUACAUACUCUUCCACCAGCGCAGCAUGAUCGAUUGCACCAAGGCCAAGGGGAUGGCCAGCGUGCAGCACUUCCUGCAGUCCGAUCCCAAAGCUCUCACCUACACCCAGUACGCGGCGAUCUUGAGCCGAUUGCCGGCGGUGCGGGGCAUGUACUACGGCCUGCAGGAGGCGAUGGCCUGCAACGGCGAGCCGACCAGUCCGAUCCACGGCUGCAUCAAAAACGGCACCCUCUGCUUCGACCACGGCCUCUGCCUCAUCGCCGACGCCUCCGCGCCCAACGCCUCGUGCCACUGUAGCCUCGGCUGGAGCGGCGUCCACUGCGAGAUAGAGACAGCGGCGCAGGGCGACACGGGAGCGACCGCGGCCGCGGGCUCCAGCGAGCUGUUCAUCGCCACACUGGUCACGCUCGUGCCCGCCGCCGCGCUCGCGCUGCUGGCGAUCGGCGUCGGCGCGGUGUUCGUGCGAAUGCGCCGGCGCCGGCUCAACGAGCAGCACGACGCGGUGGCGUGGCAGGUCGAGGUGUCGGAGCUGGAGAUGGGCGAGCUGCUCGGCGCGGGCGGCUUCGGCGAGGUCUACAAGGCCGUGUGGAAGGGCACCGAGGUGGCGGUCAAGUUCGUGGCCGCCCGCAGCGAGCCCGGGAGCGCCCACUCGCGCGAACUCGAGCGCAGCUUCCGCGAAGAGGUGCCGACCAGCAACAGCCAGCCGCUCUCCCGCGCGAACCACAUUCCUGACACAUUCCCGGUGCGUGUCAUGACGACGUUGAGGCAUCCCAAUGUGGUGUUGUUCAUGGCCGCGUGCACCAAGCCGCCCAAGAUGUGCAUCGUCAUGGAGUACAUGACUCUGGGCUCGCUCUUCAGCUUGCUGCACAACGAGAGGGUGUUGGACAUCCCGUUCGUCGUGCGCUUCAAGAUCGCGUACCAGGCGGCCAAGGGCAUGCACUUCCUCCACUCAUCGGGCAUCGUGCACCGCGACCUCAAGUCCCUCAACCUGCUCCUCGACAACAAAGGCAACAUUAAGGUGGGGGACUUUGGGCUCACGCGGUUCCGCGAGGAGCACAAGACGAGCAGCGGCAACGAGCAUAUGCAGGGCAGCGUGCACUGGCAGGCGCCCGAGGUCCUCGGGGGCGUCCAGGACGCCGACCUCAUGCUGGCCGACGUCUACGCCUUCGGCGUCAUCCUGUGGGAACUCCUCACGCGCGACUACCCCUACGCUGGCCUCUGCGAGCGCUCGGCCGCGCGAGAGGCCAUGACCAAGCUGACCGGACUGAUCGAGCGCUUCGGCGGCGGCGGCACUGGUGGUGGAGACGGCCGGGCGGUGAACGUGAACUCGUCGUCGGUCAGCCUGGCGCGGUCGACCGACUCGCGCGAGAGCGAUAGUGAGGUCCCUCGGGCGAGGCCCCGCCAGCCGCAGAGCGACGAUGGCUACUUUUCCAGGGAGUCGUGGACCAUCGCCAGCAGCCUGCGCACCAGACAUUCCGGCGUCUCGACUCCCAGCUACGGCUACGGCUCGAUGGAGCUGCAGGAGAUAUGGAACCGGCCGGUGGUCGGGGUGACGCCGCCCGAGGGCGACAGCGUCACGGUCGUGUACACGGACAUCGCCCGCGCCGACGCCCUGUGGGAGUUCGACCCGCUGGCCAUGUGCGACGCCACGGUGCUGCACAACCGCACCAUCCGCAGCCUCCUCACCCGGCACCGCGGCUACGAAGCCGGGGAGGGCUCGUUCUGCGUCGCGUUCGAGUCGACGCUCGACGCGCUGGAGUGGUGCAUGGCCGUACAGCACGCGCUCGUGCACUCUGUCGCGUGGCCCGUGGCCCUGCUCCAACACCCGGCCUCGGCCGAAGAGUGGGGCGACACAGACGAUCGAUCGCUAUUCAAGGGACUGCGCGUGCGGAUGGGCGUUCACGUGGGUCCGGUGAGCGUGGUGCAACAGGCCGCCAUGCACAAGGCCCACUACGAGGGCGCCGUGAUCACCACCGCCGCUCGCAUCACCGAACUCGCCCAGGACUGCCAGAUUUUGCUGUCCGAGGCAGCGUACGCGGCCGUCGCCACCACCCCGCUCGCCCACGAACCCAGACGGAUCGCCAAGCUUGAGGGCAAAUUCUCGCUUCCCAUCGGCCCAGGUCGCUCGGAGGUGCGGCUGUAUGAGCUGCGGAGUCGCGGCCUGGAGGCGCGCCGCAUAGGCGGUGGCGCCGGCCAGCUGUCGGAUUACACCUCCUCUUCGCUGCGGUCGCGGAUCGACUGGAGAGAGCGAAGAACGAGGGAGAAGGGAGGCGCGUCAGCUCGGUCGGGCCGCCACGACUACGACGGUAGCAGCGAGUGGAAGUGGGAGGAUGAAAACGGCGAAAGCGAAAGCGAAGACGAAAGAGAAGACGAAAAGGUGCUGGCAGUGAUGGAGGAUCUCCAUUUCCUGGGGUCGGGCAACCUCUGUCGCUGGAUCAUCGACUAUGACGAACUGCGAAUAGGCCCCCAGGUGGGCAAGGGGUCGUAUGGGGUGGUGAACCGAGCGACGUGGCGAGGCGCGGAUGUGGCGGUCAAGCGGUUCCUGAAUCAGAGCCUCGAGGAAGGCCGCAUGCUCGAGUUCAGGGCCGAGGUCGCCCUCCUCUCCACCCUCCGCCAUCCCAACACCGCCGCCUUCAUCGGCGCGUGCGUGAAGCCGCCACAUCUGUGCAUAGUGACUGAGUACGUGCCGGGCGGGAGCCUGCGGCAGCUGCUGGAGAACACGGCGAUCAAGCUCCCGUGGGCCGCCCGGCUCGACCUCCUUCGCAGCGCCGCCCGCGGCGUGGCUCACCUCCACGCCCAGCAGCCGCCCAUCGUGCACCGUGACCUCAAGCCCUCCAACAUGCUCGUCGAACAGCUGACAACAACAACGACCACCAUGACGUCAGCAGCGCCGUUGACAACGUGGAACGUUAAGGUGGCGGACUUUGGGCUGGCGCGGCUCAAGCAGGACAACGCGACGAUGACCAGCUGCGGCACUCCCUGCUGGACCGCGCCCGAGGUGAUCCGCGGCCGGCGCUACGACGAGAAGGCCGACGUGUACUCGUUCGGCAUCAUCAUGUGGCAGGUGGCCUCGCGCCGACGCCCCUACGACGGCCGCAACUUCAUGGGCGUGCUCACCGACGUGCUCGCCGGCGCGCGGCCCUCGCCGCUGCCGAUGGCGACGGCCGCAGCGGCCACUGCAACCGGCGGCGGCAGCAGCAGCAGCGGCAGCGGAGUGUGUGGCGGCUGUCCGGCGGAGCUGGUGGCCCUCAUGCAGCGCUGCUGGGCCGCCGAGCCCGACGAGCGGCCGUCGAUGGCCCACGUCGUUGAGUGCCUGGAGUCGUUGGGCACCGCCAACACCAGCGGCGGCGUGGCCACCGUGUAA